AUGUCAAGAUGCGUCCUGAAAGAUGAUAAUGAUUAUGAUGUUGACGACGACGACGACCUCCACCACCGUCACCAACAACCACCACCCACACUACCAUCACCACCGACCGACACCAGCCAUCACCUACCAACAUCACCACCCACAACCUCCGACCACCACCACCGACCAUCACCCACCAACAUCACCACCCACAACCUCCGACCACCACCACCGACCAUCCGACCACACCAAUCAUCACCACCCAUUACAACCUCCGACCACCACCACCGACCACCACCACCCACCAACAUCACCACCCACAACCUCCGACCACCACCACCGACCAUCACCCACCAACAUCACCACCCACAACCUCCGACCACCACCACCGACCAUCACCCACCAACAUCACCACCCACAACCUCCGACCACCACCACCGACCAUCACCCACCAACAUCACCACCCACAACCUCCGACCACCACCACCGACCAUCACCCACCAACAUCACCACCCACAACCUCCGACCACCACCACCGACCAUCACCCACCAACAUCACCACCCACAAUCUCCGACCACCACCACCGACCACCACCAACCAUCAUCCACAAACAUCACCACCCACCAGCACCCACUACCUGA